AUAUUUUAAAAACAAAAUGAUUGGAAAUCAUUUUGUUCAUUUGAUAAACUCUUUUUAUUCAUAAGAAAAUAUUGAAGAAACAAGAAAACAAAAAAUAAGAGAAAUAAAUUGAAAACACAAUCAACAACACUAUGACAAGUAGUGGAUGUCAAAGUAGAAAUAACAGUACAUGUGACAGUCCUGUAAUAUUGACAAAUAAUAAUAAUCAUCAUCAUCAGCCUAAACAAAUCUCUAUGGGUCGACCACCAAGUUCAAUCAGUCUAAUAACAGAUCAAUUAAAGUUAUCCAGUUUAAAUGAAUCUGAUUCAUGUAUGACUAUGAGAAUGAAGAAAAUGACAAUUGGAAUACCGAUAACAACAACAACAGCAGCAACAUCGACUAAGUCAAUGAAUACACAAUCAAAUGAUAUUCAUUCGGAACAUGACAGUUCAGAGACAAUAAAUAAAUCAAAGCAUACUUCUUCAAUGCCUACACAUUCUAUUAUUGGCUUACAAUCGAAACGUACUCUUACCAGUACUAAUAAUAAUAAUGAUCAUUCAAACAACAAUAAUAAUAAUAAUAAUAAUAGUACAGAUUGGAGAACUGGAUCAAAAGAUUAUCAUCAUUCACGUACUGUACAUUUUCAUGAUGUAUUUACACCGAAUUCUAGUGUUUGUUCUUCUCUUCAAUCUACUAUAUCAGAAAUUGACGAUGAAAAUGAAAUAACUAAUCUUGAACAGAAUUCAUCGUCUCUUCAUGUUUUAUCUGCAAGUGCACCGGCUACAAAUUAUUCAUUCAGUUCUAUGUCAAAUGUAUUCAAAUUCAAUGAAAUACAAUCUUGUCAUCAACACUGUCACCAUCUGCCUCAUUCUCAUCAUUGCCAUCAUCAAAUUCAUAGGAAUACUACUAACACUACUACUACUACUACUACUACUGAUACUACUAGUAAUAAUAACAAUAACACUAUUACACCAUCAACAUAUACAUUCAACUUUUCUUCAUCAUCAUCUUCAUUCCCAUGUUCAGUGGAUGAUAAAAUUGAUCCUAUGAAUAUAUCAAAUAAUCAGCCAUCUAGUAUACCAUCUAAAAUAGUAUGUUCUUCCUCUGCUUCCUCCGCCUCCUUCCUAUUACCAUCAUCUGGAUCAUGUUAUUGUUGUGCAACUUGUUGUUCUUGUUGUCUUCUUGCAAACAAUAUUUCAUCAUAUCCACAUAUUCAAUAUUUAAAUGAUCGUUUACCACCGGCAAAACGUGUUUGUCGUUCAACUAGUUCAAGUAGUGAUAUACAUUCACAGACAUCUUCAUCGUAUGGUUAUGCUUGUCGUCAAUUACCUUUUAACAGCAUCAUGUCAUCAUCUUGUUCUUGUAAUUCUUAUAUACCACCACCACCACCACCGCCGCCAUCAUCAUUAUCAUCAUCAUCGUCAUUAGUCGCGUCGCAUCGUUAUUGUCAUAAAUAUUGUAGCGGUGGUAUUAGUAGUCAUAGUAAUACUAACAACAAUCAGCAUAAUUCUACAAUUCUAAUGAAAACAAUGCAAUCUUACAUGCGAACUCUGCCACGACCAAUUGCAGUACGAUUAGAUUCCAAAGUGAUGUAUAAUGAAAAGUCGAAAAGUUGUACUAAUAUGGAUAAUGUGAAAUUAUUAACACCUAAUGACAAUCAUACUAAUUAUAGCACUUUAAAAAAUCCUAAUCAUGGUGUUAUUCUACGGCCGAAACCAUCCGAUUCAAUAUCUUUUAAUAAAAUCAAUAAUGGAUCACGUGUUAGUUGGCAUCAUCCAUUGUUUAAUUUCGGUUGUGGAACUUCGCAAACUAAUAGUUUAUCUUUACAAACUGAAGCGAACGAGAUCACUAUGCAACAUGAUAAUUCUCCGACAGACAUUUCACAAACACAAUCAGAUAGUUUACAAAAUUCUAUUCAUCCGUGUAAUCGAACUACGCAUAGUAACAGCAGUGGUCAUAGUACUACUACUACAACAACGACUACUACUACCAAUACAAAUUCAAAUCAGUUCAAUCGUGCUCAUCCUCCAAGUCAUAUAGAUAUUAAAGAUCCAAAUGAUUCUUCAUUGUCAAUUCAUGCAUUGCCUAGGUCUAUAUACGUUUAUAAUUCCUUACUGUCUACUGCAAUAGUGUACAAUUACUUUUUGAUCUUGAAAUAUUUGCGUUACAAGAAAUGA